AUGACGUCGAAACUCGAGCCAAUCGCAUUUACACUCAGCAUCGUCCUGAGCAUAUGUGCAAGCAUCUCAGCCUUUAACAUGGGGAAACAGAUUCAUGGUUACAUUCUCAGAUCGGGAAAGUUCUCAGAAACAUCUGUAUGUAAUGCCCUUAUCACAAUGUAUUCUAAAUGUGGGGUGUUCGAUUGGUCCUUGAGAGUUUUCAAUGCCAUGACCAAAAUGGACGUGGUGUCGUGGAAUUCUGUAGUAUCUGCUUAUGCACAACAUUGGCAGGGGAAGGAAGUCGUGCGUUGUUUCAAGGCUAUGCAAGACAUGUCCCCAAUCAAGCCGGAUCAAGCCACAUUCAUCGCUCUUCUUUCUGCUUGCAGCCAUGCGUGGCUGGUUGACGAAGCCAGUCGGAUUUUCAACACAAUGUUAACAGAUUAUAGCAUUGUUCCAAGCGUGGAUCAGUUAUCUUGCAUCACUGACCUUUUAGGUCGAUCUGGGUAUAUUGAUCAGGCUGAAAGUGUAAUAGAAAGCGCACAAUUCGAAGCGCAUACCCAUGUUUGGUGGGCAUUGUUUAGUGCUUGUGUAGCUCAAGGAAACUUGAAGCUAGGAAGAACUAUCGCCGGAAUCCUUUUGGAGGAGGAGGGCAACAAUCCAUCUAUGUAUGUGGUUCUGUCAAAUAUAUAUGCCACUGUUGGGCGUUGGCAAGAAUUUGCCAAUGUGAGGGAAUUGAUGAAAAAAACUGGUGUAACAAAACAGCCGGGCUACAGUUGGAUUGGAGGGCUAAAUUGA